GCCAUCGCAGCCAUGGGGGUCCCCAAGAGGAAGACCUCCGGCGGCCGGGGCGGCACGGCUUCCUCCGCGGGCGCAGCCAAGCGAGCCCGCCAGGAAGAGUUCACGGGCGUGCGCUUCAAGACUCAGCUGCGGGAUCCGCAGGGCGCGGGGCCUGCCUUGGAAGCAUUUGUCUCAGCUGCCAAGAAGCUACCACAAGAAGAUGUGUACGAUGUUGUGGAAGGGUUCAUAAAGAUCUCUGUGGAGUGUGCGGAAAUAUUCCAGCUCCUGAGUGCAGAGAAGAGGCCUGAGAGUGAAAUCCAGCUAAUAUUUCAAGCUUUUGAGGCCAUAUUAUUGCGGACAGCCAGUGAUCUUUCCCAUUUUCAAGUCGUGGGCACCAACAUUGUGAAGAAGCUCCUGAACAACCACAUGAAGCUCAUCUGUGAGUCCUUGUAUGCCUCAGGUUACAGGAUGGCUCGAGCCUGCCUGGACCUGCUGACAGCCAUGGUCACCCAGGGUCCUGAAGCUGCCAGGGAUGUCUGCAGCCAUUUUGAUUUGAAUAAAAAACCCUUGUAUGCCCUGGUGACCAAGAGAGAUGCAAAGGGAGUGCAUGAUGUCCGGCUGGCCUACAUCCAGUUUGCCCUCUCCUUCUUAAUUUCGGGUGAUGACAGCACCAUAGGGCAAGUGCUGGAACUGAAAGAAUUUAUUCCUUGCAUUUUUAGCUCAGGCAUAAAAGAAGAUCGCAUUUCUACCAUCAAUAUUUUAUUAUCCACACUGAAAACAAAGGUAGUUCACAAUAAAAACAUCACAAAAACCCAGAAGGUGCGCUUCUUCACGGGGCAGUUGCUGAACCACAUAGCUUUGCUCUACAGCUGGAAGGGGACUGCUGAUGUCUUGCCAGACAAUGCCGAGGAUGGCAAGAUGUCUGAGGAGGCAGGGAAGGCCAUGGUGAGGGAGCUCGUUCACAACUUCCUGAUGGAUCUUUGCUGUUCGCGCAAGCAUGGCAUUAGUUUUUAUGAUGCAUCUCUAGGCACCUUUGGCAGAGGUGGCAACCUGACACUCUUGCACUUCCUGUUGGGUUUGAAAAGUGCUGCGGACGAUGAGCUGGUGGCUGAGCUGGUAGUAAACAUCUUGAAAGUGUGCCCAGACUUGCUGAACAAGUACUUCAAGGAAGUCACAUUUUCCUUUCUCCCAAGAGUGAAGUCCACUUGGCUAAAUAAUAUCAAACUGCUAAACAAGAUCUAUGAGGCCCAGCCAGAGAUUUCCCGGGCACUUUGGACCAGAGAGUUCAUCCCCUUGCCUCGGCUCCUAGCGAUGGUGAUGGUGACCACGGUGCCCCUGGUGUGCAACAAGAUCAUGUUCACUCAAGCAUUAAAUUUGGACAGCACAUCAGUGAGACACACAGCUUUAUCCCUUAUUUCCAUGAUUUUGAAGAGAGCCUUAAAAACAAUUGAGCACUGCCUGAAUAAAGAUGUGUGGCAAGAAUCGGGUAUCUACACAGCUAGGAUCAUGGAAGAAUUCGUGCAGCUCUUCAGAGAGUCCCUGAGCAAGAUUUUGCCAGACUUGAACACUAUUGUAUGGGUCUGGCAGUCACUUAAAAAGCAGGAGAUCGUACAGGAUGACAAGAAAGGGAAGAAGAGAGAUGACAGGACUCCAGCGGCCCAAGAGGCUGUCCAAUGUGAUGAUGCAGAAACCAUUCUUUUGAAAGCCGUCCUGCUCCAAGUUAUAUGCCUAUACCAAAAGGUGGUCCCCCUAGUGGUCAUGCAGUACAACUUUGACUUCAGCAAGCUCCUGAAAGGUGUCAUCUGUGAGCAGGGCCUUGGCAAGGAGGUCCCUCCCAUUCUACAGCACCACAUGCUAAAGGUGGCCCUGGAGCUGCCUGCCAGCAAAUUUUUGUGGUUAAAGGCACAGGAAGGCCCCGAUGCAGAAAUCAUAGGAGGAGAGCGGUCAGUGUUUUACUUGCUGAUGAAGAUGUUCGUGACCAGCAGCCACGUACAGCUCAAGUCACUCACCAAACUUCUUAUCAUGAAGAUUCUGCGGGACACAGGUGUGUUUGAGCAUACCUGGAGGGAGCUGGAGCUGUGGCUUGGGCACCUGGAUAACACUGUGGAGGAGAGCCGAGAAACUGUGAUCCAGUUUCUAGAACGAGUUUUAUUGACGUUGGUGGCAAAUCCCUAUCCAUAUACAGACAGAGCAUCUGACUUUGUCCAGGAAGCUAGCACGCUGCAGGCCACUGCAGGGAAGCAAGAUGCAGAUGACGUCAGCAUUCCCAUCUCCCACAUUGAUGAUGUGCUCGACAUGGUGGAUGUGCUGGUGGAGGGCAGUGAAGGCUUGGACGAGGAAAUUGGCUUCUUGUUAAAUGAAGACAUGGUCCUGCUCACAUUCCCGUUCAGUGCUGUGGUCCCUGCAGCCCUGGAAGCCAGGAAUAAGUUGCUCCUUGGGACAGAAAAUGAAGCAGGGAAGAGCAUUGUGGCCUAUCUGACAGCUGUGCUGACUGACCUCCUCCACAGCCAGAGGGACCCCCUGGCUCUGUGUCUUCUGCUCCAGGCCUAUGACAAGUUUGACCCUCCAGGCCCACCUUGCUGCCAGCAACUUUCCCAGUUUAACAGAUACUACAGCCUCUGGAUCCCCGAGCAAGCCCGGGAAGCUGGGACACUGCAGAGCUCUCUCAGCCCUGGACCCCACACUCCCCCCUUAGUCCCCUGCUUCUCUAGCCUGCUGCGGGUGGCCUAUGAGAACCGGACACUUGGGGAAGAACGUGUUCAGAUGCAGCUGCACAACGCCAUCCCACACCUCACCCUGGACCGGGCCCUGUGCUCAGCCAAACAGGUGCUGCUCUACCUCAGAAGCACUGUGGAAAACUUCGGCCAGCUGGGCAGAAAUGCGGGGCCCCCACUCCUGCAGCUCUUCCUGGAUCUCCUCACACGCCUGGUUGUCCACUUGGAACACCUGGAUGUCCAGAACCAGCAGAAGUGCCAGGCCGCCCAAGCUGAGACGGACCUCUUCUUGGACAUGGAGUCCAUGGCCUCUCUGGAGUUGGCCAAUGACCAGACACUGGAGGAGGUGCUGGGGGCCAUCCUCAGACACCCCACACUAGAGGGCUGGUUCCUAGCCCUGGAGCAGCAGUCCCUGCCCCCGCACACACUCAGCCCCAUCCUCGUGAAGCUACUGGUGGCCCACUUCAAUGCAGGGGUCCUGCAGCUACUGGUGGCGAGCGCCCCGGUCCUCCGCAGCAUGGGCCAGCUGGGCCUCCUGUCCAAGUACUCAGAGGCCAUCACUCGGAGUGUGUUGAGAGAGCUGCGAGCCCGCAGGACAGGUGCAGCCUCAUUGCCACCUAAGACCCUGCCACAGCUGGAAGCCCUGCUGCAGCUCCACCCCUACAUGGAAGGUGCACAGCUCCGAGAGGUCAUCCUGGCCCUACUGGGCCUGCCUGAGGCCCACCUGCUGGCCCAGCCACCCCCAAAGGCCCCAGGGAAAGAGAGACACCUGAGCACUCUGGGCAAGACCCUGGUGAAGCUCUUGGCUUGCAACCCUCAGGAUCAGCUGCAGAACAGUGAGCUCUUCUGGUCAGCUGAGUAUGUGCGAGGCCUGGGGUCUCUGCUCCCCACACUGGCCGUGAAUGAGUUGGACUCUGCGUUCCUCCACACUCUUCAAAGAGACCCCAUGCUGGCCCCCGUGGUGGCGGCCGACCUGCUUGAUUACUGCCUGGCCCGGAGGACACGCGUGGCUUUGGACAUCGCCAGCCUGCUCCUGCAGCAGAGCACCACCCACCUGCUGAGGUUUGAGCUGUGGUGUGGCCAGGCUGGUGUGGGACGCAGCCUGCGAGAGGACAUGGAUGGCUUCCUCCCGCUCAUCCACGUGUACCUCCAGCACAGGACACAGGGGCCCUUUGCACGGCCGCUGGGAGUGCCCUCCGACACCGUUCCUGUCUUGAGGAAGGCCCUGUGGGGACAGCUGCAGGACAGGCUUCUCAGUAUGGACACACCUGCAGAGGCUGGGCUGCAGCUGGAGAUUCUGGCCCAGCUGGUUCCCUUUGCAAAAGCCAAAGACCUUCGUGUGCUCAGGGCCCAUCUGCCCAGCUUGCUUCAGACUCCUGGCAGAAACAAGAGUUGGAUUGUAGCAGACUCCGUCUCUGCAGCUCUGGAGGAGGUAGCAGGAGAGCUGCAUGCCUGGCAGAAGACCCUCCUUGAGUCCUGUGUGCAGUGGUUGCUUGCAUCCUUCAGUAGUAGCCAGCCCAGUGAUGACAGCACCCAGGAUCAAGAGAAGCAGAUGUUGCUCAGAUUAAGCGAGUUGCUGCAUGUACUUAAUGAAGUUGACCCCAGUGACUGGCAGAAAUUUGUGAAGACAGGACUCAAAUUUCGCUAUCAGGACCACACCUUCUUAAAAACCCUGCAUGCUGCCACUCUGCUGUUGUAUAGCCCAGAAAGUUCCAUGCACCUAAAGCUCAUCCAGCUUCCUGUGGUCCACAUGAUGCUGACCCAGCAUUCUUUGUUUCUGCCAACACUGCUGACCUCUGAGGGAGAGGGAAAUCCAGAUAGUCAAGUAAAAGAAGCGCUGGUGGAUCUGAUGUGGGCGGUGGUGAGGCUGUGCCCCUCUGUCUGCCAGAGCAGCCAUUUUGCCGUGCUUCUUGGAGCCUACGGUGCCACUCUCAGUGUCUUGGACCAAAAGAUUUUACUUGUCCUCCGGGCCUAUGAACAGAACCACCUGAGCCUCAUCGACUUCAGGGUACUGAUGUGGGGCCCAGCGGCUGUGGAGCAUCACAAGACGCGCCGGAGCCUAGGCAAGUCACUGUGGCAACAGCCAAGCGUGGGAGACAUCCUCCGCCUACUGGACCACGACCGCAUGAUGCUGACCAUCCUGCACUUUCCCCAGCACCGGAGGCUGCUGCCCCCCGAGAAUGCACAGGAGUCAUUAUAUAAAGACAGAAGUGUGAAGGUGGAUCUUGAUGGCCUUUAUGACCCUUGCUUUCUCCUCCAGCUCUUCGGGGAACUGACCAGGCCAGAAUUUGUGGUGGAUUGCCGAAAAUUUUUGGAUUCAAAUGCCCUGGGGUUGACUAUCGCAGCCCUCAGCAGCUAUGACCCCCAGAUGCGAGCUGCGGCCUACUCUGUCCUGGCAGCCUACUACUCCCAUCUGGAAGGGGCUCGCUUCCGGGAGCAGUCCCAGCUUCUUUACCUGUUGGAUGUGGUCCGGAAUGGUAUUCGAACUCCAAACCUGAGACUCUCAUUUACCUUGACUCUCUUCAUUGCCAAGGCAGCACAACAGAUUUUGAAACCGGAGGAGCACAUGUACUGGAAGCUGAGCAAGUUCCUGCUGUCACACGAGGACCUGAAUAUGGACAAAGUGCCAGGCUUCUACCAGUUCUUCUACAGCUCUGACUUUGAGCAAAAAACCGAGCAGGAGUGGGUGUUGGGGAUUCUGCGGCAGGGAAUCCGAGACAAGCAAUGCUAUGAGCUGUGUGCCAGGCGAGGGGUCUUCCACGUUCUUCUGGCCUUCUUCAGCAGCCCGCUGUGUGACGAGGUGGCCCAGAAUUGGAUUCUAGAAAUUCUACAGAAAGCUGCUCAGAUUGCCAGAUCUGCCUAUGAAACCAUUCGGGACUACAGCCUUUUAACAUGGAUUUUACACAUCCUUGAGAGCAAGUUUCUGGAGACUCAGCUUCUCUCGAAUGUCAUUUCCUUGCUUCACUCACUGUGGGUGACCAACCUGGGAGACAAGGGAGCAGAGGAGGAGAACCCACUGCCCUGCCAGCCUGGCCAGAGGCCCCGCAAGCUGCUUGCCCUGCACCUGGUCAGCGAGUUCCUCUAUGUCCUCAUUGCGCUCAUGAAGCACCUGAGACCCACCUUGGGCUCCGCCCACCUGACCAGCUUCUUUGGGACACUUGAGUCCGUGCUGAGGUACCGGGCCACGGUCUUGAGGGCAUUUAAGGAUAUGGGCCGAUUCACCGCGAACGAGAUGGUGCUUUCCACCAAGGACGUCCUGGUCCUCUUGCACAAGUGGAGUCUCAUCGAGAGAGACCUCAAGCUCCAAGAAGACCUGAGAGCAGCCAUUGAGAAGUGCCAAGCCAGGGACCUGAUGAAAAUGCUUAAGGAUAAGAACAGGCCCGCCAUGCCAUCCCGAGCCAGAGGCCCUCGGCCCCGCAAGAAGAGACCUGUGGAGGCAGAAGAGAUGGCCAACCCUGAGCUGGAUGAAUCUGGCUUGCAGACAUGCAGGGACCUCGUGAGGUCCAUACUGACCCACUGGGAGCCAGUGGUCCCCGGCCCCACUGAGGAUCCCACAGACGGGGCUGGUCCCCAGAGUGAAGCACCAAUCCCUGUGUACACUGCUGUUUCCCUAGUGGUCAGCUGGGUGCUACGCUCGGUGGCCCAGUGCCCACUCAGCAGGACAGAGGCUGCCGGGCUCCUUGGCUGGCUCAAGAGCCACAUUUUGCCACACCCAGUGGUGGUGGCCGACCUUCUCAAGGACAGUGCUGUGAAAAGCAGCAUGUUUAAGCUGUAUUGUCGCCUGUGCAGUGCUGAGGGGCUGACAGGGCCUGCGCAGGAUGUGACCUGCCUGUUCAACACCGUCAUGCUGCAGCUGGUGGAGGCCCAGGGCCGGGCAGAGGGCCCCUUCCACCCCGCCAUGGAGGCCCUGUGCACUGCCUCUCUGAGUGGGAAGGAUGAAGCCACACGAGCCUCCGCAGCCUUCCUGGUGUCUCUGUAUGUGAAGGACGUCUGGCUGGAGGCCCCACGGCCAAACACCCUCUUAACCCACGUCCGCAUGGUCUGUGAGGCUGCAGAAGACGUGCCAGGUGGUGAGGAGGAGGCCAUCAUCGUUCUCUGCAAGGACCUGGCCACCUCGGCCUUAGAGGCUUGACACCCGGCUGGUGCCAUUUCCCACCCUGCCGACCAGUGCCCAGGCACCAGGUUUGAGAAGUUUGGCUGAGACAGCAUUUUCAGAGAAGGUGUGAAAUGACCAGUCCAUGCAUCAAUUUGGUUUUCCAACAAGAAGAGUUGAAAGGACUAUAACUAACUGAUCAGUAAAUAAUAAGCUCAAGGAACCCAGUUGGACACCAGUGGCUCAGACCUGUAAUCCUGUCUACUUGGGAGGAUCUAAGGAUCUCAGUUCACAGCCAACC